UCAACACAGACCAAACCCAGUUCAUUUCAACAAUAGAAUCGCAAGGAUUAACAAAAUGUACAAGUUGGUGGUGUUGUCUGCUUUGCUCGCUGUGGUUGCCGCUCGUCCGGGAUAUUUGGAGGCAGGUCCUCUUUAUCAUAGUUACGCCGCACCCGCAAUCAUCCAUGAACCGGCCCUGGCCAAAGUGGGUCACAUUGUGAAGAGCAUUCCGACGUCCGUCUCCCAUCAGAGCAUCAGUCAGGUGCACAGCUCGGCUCACAUUGUGCAACCAAUUGUGGCACCUGUCAUUAAAACCUAUGCCGCACCUAUCAUCAAGACUUAUGCCGCGCCAGUUCUACACACAUCCAUCCUGUCGCCUUCGUGGGCCUCUCACGGCUGGGAGUCAUCCUGGUAGGCGACAUUCUUCCAUCCUGCGCCUCGAACAACUCAACUGCUUCUUUCCGCAUUCUUUUUGGCAUGAUAACUAGCCAAAAUUUGUAUAAUUUCCCUGCAUUUUACUUUCCAUUAUCCCAUUUCGACUGAUGUAAAUAAAGUCCAUGCGAUCAUUAUAAAAAUUA